AUGAAUUCGAAGGGCAAAAGGACUUUAGGUACAUGAUAUAAAAAUUAUAUGACAGGUCCAAUUUAAAAAAUUAACAAGCCGUCGAUCGAUUUUGAGUCAGCUCUAAAGGAACAUCGAGCAGUGGAGGAAAGAAUAAAAAUGGAAACUGACAGUCAAGAUCCGAGGUAUUUGGAGUAACAUAUAUAUUUAAGGAAAUUUGUAAUGAACCUCUUGAAUGAUCGUGAUAAUUCAUUAAUAAUGGACAAUUCGCUAACUCAUUCACAAGUGGCUAUAAAAAAGAAAGUAUUAUUGAUAAUUAAUUUAACAGGUGUACAUACGUUCAAGACAGGUUAAGAGUCAAGUGCCAUUCAUGUAAAUGUAGACGAAGAACAACUCUCAAAUUUAAUUUGCAUCUCCUGCUUAGAGUUUGAAGUUUGACUUUGAUUUGAAACCAGAUUUCAAUUCUAAACGAUCGAAUUUUGUUCCCAAGUUUAUAAAUUCAGGAAUCAAUUUUGAUGUCGAAGUAAGAGGAACACUUGGAGAAGAGUUUACAGAGUUUCAGAUGUGUAAUUAAGUAAUUCAAUAAAUUUAGAUGACAAUGACUCAUAACCAGAAGACAUCCCAAAAAAUAAAAACUUUUCUUAUGGAGGCAGAAUGACCAAUAAAAAACUUAAAGAAUAUGAUUGUUGGGAUGAGGAGAGAACUCCAUAAGAAUGGGUAGAAAUAUGUAAAAACAGCAAUCCUCCACAUGCUAAAUGUCCAAUGUUUGAUCAUUCAGACAAGUACAUUUGGACAGAUGUUGAGGUGUUAGGCUUCGAGAAUGGUAAAUUCGAAGUCAAAAUAUUGAGAUCAAGCAAGAUCAAACGAAUAGGCAGAUUGUCAUUAUAAUUUAAUUAAGAAGAUCCUGUCAAAUUUGAACAAAGAGUUGAAUUGUGCAAAUAAAGAUAAAAGAAUGCUGAUGAUGAAUUGAGAUUCCUUAAAUAUGUGGACUCUUUGCCUGAUACAAUGACAUCAAUUUUAUCUCUUGAAAUGCAGAAGAAGAUCGAAGAAUACACUGUUUUUAGAGAUUUGCCAUACAUAAUCAAAGAAGAUCCUAGCAAAAUAGCUCCUGGGUUUCCACAGAUUCAGAAUCUCAAAGAUGAAUUGAAGUAGAUGAUCACAGAUCCAGAAAUCAGAAGGAAACAAAUGCAAAAUCUUGAGUUGCUUAAAAAAGACUUAGUGAAGCAAGUUCAAAAAGAAUACAUCAUGCUCAUGAAGAAAUGUUCAAUUCUUAAGGAUAUGGAAGUCAAUAAGAAUGAUAUCAAGUGGAUUCAAUUAAGAAUCAAGAACAGAUUUGAAUAAACCAAAAGGCCUUAUUAUGGUUUAACUAAAUAGUUCGCAAGUGACACUAAAAUUUUGAGCUUCGAAUCCUUGGGCUAAUAGACAUCAAAGCAAGUGAAGGUUCAAGACAAUUGGGCCUUUGUUGCAGUCAGAUAAAACAUCUCGCAAUUACACUAUUCCAAAUUCACUGUAGUCGUUAACACAUUGAAUGCAUUAACAGCCAGAUCCUAAUUAUAUUAGAAUUUCCCACUCCUUAAUGUAUUGCUUAAUCAUUAAUCGUUACCAAUGGCUUUGUCUAAUUUCGAAAGCUAGCAAAAAUAGCAUAAUAUCUAAGGAAGAUAAACUCUAUAGGUGCAAUGGCGUAGCACUAUUGUUGGAGAUAUUCAAGAUAAAUUAAGAGAGAAAUACCGAUUCUAUUAAACUGAAACCGAAGACUAUUUGGAUAGUGAAUUGUAAAAAUUGCUUAUUCGAAUCGACUAUAUGUUUACCAAUUAUAUUAGAGAGAAUGUAGUUCGACAGACUUGCUAAUCAUGGAUUGAUUUUCUAAAAAAGUUCACUACUCCAAAAGAGGGGGAGUAAUGGAAAAUUAAUGAUUAUCCUCUAUUGAUUUUAAAUCUAGAAGUCAAUCUCAAUUUCAAGAAAAAGAAGAAUGACAAAAAAAAUAAGUAGGACGAUACUCCUUUGAUGAUGAUGGAUGAGGAUCCCAAUAGUGCCAUUUACUUUUCUCCUAAUUUCUCUGCAAUCUAACAGGGCUUGCUAAAGCCAAUAGAGCUUUUAUUGGAAUCUGUGAAUUCGUUUAAUAGACUCGAAAAAGAUUUGGUUCCAUUGGUGGAUAUUGAUUAGAAAAAAGAGGUUAAGGGACGAUUGAGAGCUUACGAGAUUGAAAAUGACAAGGAUCAGAUGUGGAUUAAAUGGGCUAAGGACAAGGUUUAAGAAUAUCUGGAGAUCGGCUAUUAGAAACCUAAUUAAAUGCUAUAAAAAUUCAGAGAAUUUAGUUUCUUAUUAGAAAAGUCUGUUCAAAGUGUUCUCAAAAGUUUAUUUGGAGAUGUAUCGAAAAAACCUAUCAUAACUUCAUUGGAUAAGGAUGAAAUAUAAAAAAAGUUAUCUGAUUUUAUUAAUGCUAAAUUUUAAAUACAAAGAUUGUGUUUGGAUGAAAAGAAUGAAUAAUUUUUUUAGAUUAAAACUAGGAUUGCCAAAGAAAAUUUGAUAUCCAAAGCCAAUGAAUUUAUCACAUCCAUUUUGAAGCAGUGUUCGGAUAUUGUGACUGACAAUAUUAGUCGAUUGAGUUAGGAGUAUAGUGAUAUGAGUGAUAGAAUUACAAAGCAACCUAAAAAUGAGGCUGAAUUAGUUGAAUUGAAAUCUUAUAUAGCAGAACACGAAGUGAAUUUGGCAAAGAAGAAAUAGGAGGUGGAUUGUAUCUAUGAUUAUUUGACCAUGUUUGAAGAUAUGAGUCAUAAUUUUGAAGAUAAAAACCUCUAUGAGUUUUGGAAUUUAUACAGUUUUCCCCCUGAAAUUAAAAAUCACGUGAUUGAAGGUCAAAGAAAGGCUAAUCUAUAAGAAUAAAAGUUUAUGGAAAAUUUGGAUAAUGAAAAGGACAAGUUCCAAGGAGAAUUGAAGGAAUUGACAGAAUUAUUCUUAACUGUCCAGAAGUUUGAUGACUAUUCAAGAGUAAAAGACUUUGCAAACGAUGUCGUAUCACUCAAUGAUCGGUUCUAAAAUGCCUAAAAGAAAGUAGAAUCAUUUAAUGAGAGAGAAAUACUGUUUAAGCAGUAACCAUCAGUUUAUGAGGAUUUAAAUUAAUUGAUUAAGGAUUUCACUAUUUACUUCAAUUUGUGGACUAAUGCUAUUGAAUUUGAGUAUGAUAGAAGCGAUUGGUGUACAGGUUCAUUCUUAAAGCUUAAUUUCACUGAAAUUGAAAACAAAGUGAGAACCAACUAAAGGAAUGCCAAUUUACUUAUUAAGGCUUUCUCUGAUGCACAAGAUGACACAGCCGUAGAAGUGGCACGUAAGUUGAAAGGUCAAAUCGAUGAGUUCAAAGAGAGGUUGUGGUUGAUUGAAUUACUGACCACAGAGGCAAUGAAAACUAAGUUGAAUAUGUGGAAGGAUAUAUGGAAGAUUGUUGGAAUUGUUGAUCAAGAGACAAAUGACGAUUUAUCAUUGGAUGCCUUGGUUUCUCACGGCCUUAUGAAUUUUAGGAGUGAUAUCGAAGAAGUUUCAAGGAGGGCUGAGAAGUAAUGGUAAAUAGAGAAGAAUCUCAAUUCGAUUCAAGAGAAGCUUAAGGAUUAAAAAGUAGAAAUGAUUCCGUACAAAAAGACAGGAACCUUUGUAUUGAAAUCUUUAGAAGAAGUAGUUUAAUGCUUUGAUGAUUAAUUCAACAUUCUAUUGAUGUUGAAGGCACAACCUUAAAUCAAAGCUGUCCUCCAUAAAGCAUAAGCUUUGGAAUAAAAGAUAGUGUUAAUUUAAGAUACUCUUGAUGGUUGGAUAAAGUGCUAAAGAGGGUGGAUGUAUUUGGAACCUAUUUUUACAUCAGAUGACAUCAAGAAGAAAAUGCCAUAGGAAACCUUAAAAUUCUAGAAGGUGGAUAGUCAUUGGAAAUAAGUAAUGGAACAAUUCAGCAAGGAGCCCAAUCUUUGGGACGGAGUAGAAAGUGAUAAGAUGAAGAAUGAAUUCGAUUAGGAUAAUAAGGCUUUGGAUUAGAUUUAGAAAUCUUUAAGUGAGUAUUUGGAAACAAAACGUAACUCCUUCCCAAGAUUUUAUUUCUUAUCAGAUGAGGAGCUCUUAGAAAUCUUGGCAUAAACCAAGGAUCCAGAGACAGUGUAGAAGCAUAUUAAUAAAUGUUUUGAAGCCAUCAACUUAUUGGAAUUUGUAAAUGGAUAGGAAGUUGUGGCAAUGAUUUCAGCAGAAAAAGAAAAAGUGCAGUUUUCAAAAGGAAUCAAUGUUAAUGAAGGUGAAAAGAAAGGUAAUGUGGAAAAGUGGUUGUGUGAAAUCGAGUCUGUUAUGAUAGACACAUUGAAGAAGAUUAUGAAAGCCUCACAUUUGGAUAAUGAUACAAAGAGAGUUGUUUGGGUAAGGAAAUGGCCUGCUUAAAUUGUAUUGGCAGUAAAUAUGAUCAGAUGGACCAGAGGUAGUGAGUUGGCCAUAAAUGAUAAAGAAAAUUAAUAAGGAGGAUUGGCAGGAUUUUUAUAACAAUUGAUUAAUGAACUUAGAGACAUUGUAGAUUUGGUAAGAUAAGACUUGUCUCCUUUAGAGAGAUUAACUCUGGGUGCACUUGUCGUGUUAGAUGUACAUGCAAGAGAUGUUAUUAGAUAAUUAGUAAAAAUUGGUUGCAAUGAUAUUAAUAAUUUCUAAUGGAUGGCAUAAUUGAGAUACUAUUGGACUGAAUAAAUAAUGAAAUGCAAUGUCAAGAUGAUCAAUGCUGAUUUACUCUAUGGAUAUGAAUAUUUGGGUAAUAGUAUGAGAUUGGUUAUUACACCUUUAACUGAUAGAUGUUAUCGUACUUUGAUGGGAGCAUUCCACUUACAGUAUGGAGGUGCACCAGAAGGUCCAGCAGGAACAGGAAAAACAGAAACUGUUAAGGAUCUAGCCAAAGCAUUGGCAGUACAAUGUGUUGUGUUUAAUUGUUCUGAUGGUUUGAACUAUUUAGCUAUGAGUAAAUUCUUUAAAGGACUGGCAAGUUCAGGAGCUUGGUGUUGUUUUGAUGAGUUCAAUCGUAUAGAUUUAGAAGUGCUCUCAGUUAUUGCUUAAUAAGUGCUCACCAUUUAGGAUGCUAUCAGACAGAAGAGACCAGAGUUUGAAUUUGAAGGUACUUUAAUUAAAUUGAUUCUUUCAUGUGCCAUUAAUAUCACAAUGAAUCCAGGAUAUGCAGGUAGAUCUGAUUUACCCGAUAACUUAAAGGCUCUAUUUAGACCAUGCGCUAUGAUGGUUCCAGAUUAUGCAUUGAUUUCAGAAAUCUAUUUAGCAUCUGUGGGCUUUUAAGAUGCCAAUAAUUUGGCACGUAAAAUUGUGGCCUCAUUAAGAUUGUCAUCUGAACAAUUGUCAUCUUAGGACCAUUAUGAUUUUGGUAUGAGAGCCUUAAAGGCUAUUUUGACUGCGGCAGGUAAUCUCAAAAGAGUUAUGAAUGACAUUGAAGAUAUCAUUUGUUUAAGAGCACUUAUGGAUGUCAAUAUUCCAAAAUUCACAAUAAACGAUGUGCCCUUAUUCAAUUCAAUUACAUCGGAUCUAUUUCCAGGAAUCAAGUUGCCUGAGUAAGAUUAUGGAGCAUUGGAGACUGCUCUCAAAAAUACGGCAUAAGAGAUCAACAUUCAAGCAGAGAAAGGAUUCAUUGAAAAGUGUAUUCAAUUAUUCGAUACCAUAAAUGUUAGACAUGGUUUGAUGAUUGUAGGAUAAGCAUUUGCAGGUAAAUCCAAAGUAUUGGAAUGUUUGGCCAAAGCCAUGUCAUCAUUAAAUAAGGUGUAAUCUUUUGUGAAUGUUGCUGUGCUCAAACUUAAUCCGAAAUCAAUUACAUCAGAUCAAUUGUAUGGUAAAUUGGAUCCAGAUACUAAGUCAUGGACCGAUGGAGUCAUUGCUAUUAUUAUGAGAUAGUGUGCGUAAGAUGCAGAAGUCGAAGAAAGGAAGUGGGUAGUAUUUGAUGGACCCGUUGAUGCAGUUUGGAUUGAAAAUAUGAAUACAGUAUUGGAUGAUAAUAAGAAAUUAUGUUUGACAUCAGGUGAAAUCAUUAAGAUGACAAAUUGGAUGACCAUGAUGUUUGAAGUUGAGGAUCUCGCUGUUGCAUCACCUGCCACUGUUAGUAGAUGUGGUAUGGUCUUUUUAGAAACACAACAAAUUGGAUGGUAUGCCUUGGUGAAAUCAUAUAUAUAAACAAUCCCUGAAAAGUUCAUAGAACAUCAUUAUUUGGAUGAUCUAUUAAGAGUCAUUAUUGAUGCCAGUUAGGAAUGGUUGAGGAAGAAUGGCAAAUUCCCAAUUUACAGGAGUGAAAUGACACUGGUGAAGAACAUGUUACUGAUACUCCAAACUUACCUACAGGAAUGGACAGACAUGGAUGAGAAGGCAUAAUAGAAAUAAAUUAAUCAUAAUGAAAUCAAGGAUGUAGUCUCUAAGGCUGUUCUGUUUUCUUGUGUUUGGAGUUUCGGUGCAGCCAUCGAUGAAGUGUGUAGAAAACAAUAUAAUCUAUUCUUGAUUAAGUUGAUAUCUGCAGAAGAUGUCCAAGAGACCUUCAACUUAUAACUGUAAUAUAAGUUUACACCUGUCACUAUCAAUGCUAAAUUACCAGAUAAAGCUAACCUAUUCGAUAUGGUGUAUGACAGAAAUAAAAACAAUUUCAUCAGUUGGACCUAAACACAACCUCCAUUUGUGAUUCCCAAAGGAUGCGAUUAUCAUGAUUUGCUAAUCCCCACAAGUGAUUCAAUUAGAAACAAUUACUUUUUGCAUUUAUGUGUUAGAAAUAAGAUACAUUUAUUGGUAUCUGGACCAACUGGUACUGGUAAGACCUCGAAUAUUGUUAGUGAAAUCAAUAAAAACUAUUUUAAUACUGAAUAUACAAAUUUGAUAACUGCUUUUUCAGGUUAAACUUUGGUCAAUUAAGUCUAAAAAACAAUAGAAGCAAAGGUUAAUUCGAGGAGAAGAAAGGGAUAUUUCGGACCUGAAGAAGGCAAAAAGUACAUUGUUAUUUUUAUUGAUGAUUUGAAUAUGCCAGCCAAAGAAAAGUAUGGUGCCUAACCUCCAAUAGAAUUAUUAAGGUAGUGGAUGGAUACUUAAGGUUGGUAUGAUUUAGAAACUAAGGAACCUAAGUUCCUUUAAGGAAUUACCUUUAUUGCUAGUAUGUUACCACCAACAGGAGGAAGAAAUGUAGUGAGUAUGAGAUAUUUAAGACACUAUGUUCUCUUGUAUGUGGAACCUUUCGAAGGAGAUUCAUUGUAAAGAAUAUUUUAAAAUGUGUUGGAAUGGUAUUAUGCAAGACAGACGAAUCCAUUCAUGAAAUCAAUUACAAAUCUGAGAGAUUAAACAGUGAAUGCCACUCUUGAUAUUUAUCAAUUAAUCCAAACUUGUAAGGAACUUUUACCAACUCCAGCCAAAUCACAUUACAUAUACAAUCUUAGAGAUAUCAGCAAGGUGUUCUAAGGAAUUUCUAAAGGAAUUAUCAAAUCUUUCAGAGAUGAAAAUGAUUUCAUUAAAUUAUGGGCACAUGAGUGUCAACGCGUGUUUUAGGAUAGAUUGAUUAAUGAGGAUGACUAAGGAACCUUUGACAAGAUUCUAAAGGAAACAAUUCUGAAACAUUUCAAACGAGAUUGGAAACAAUUAGUGUAAAUAGAACCACUCCUAUGGGCUUCCUUUGUUCCCACUCUCUAUCCUGAUGACGACAGAACCAAGAGACCCAUGACUGAUAUCUACUGUGAAUUAACUGAUCGAGAGACACUUAAGAAAGUAUGUCAAGAACAAUUAAAUGAAUACAACUCACAAUACACAAGUAAUAGAAUGGAGUUAGUGUUAUUUAUGAAUGCAAUCCAGCAUGUGCUUAAGAUAGUGCGUGUGGUUAAUACAACAUUCGGUCAUGCUUUGUUGGUUGGUGUAGGUGGUUCUGGAAGGAAGAGUUUGGCCUAAUUGGCUUCUUUCAUUGCAUUCUAAAAUGAAACAUUGCAAGUGGACUCAAGAAAUUGGAUAGAAGAAUUGCAGAAGGUGAUGAAGAUGGGAGGAAUAGAUCAAAAGGAAUUUGUGUUCAUGUAUUCUGAUACUUAGAUCAUUAAGGAAUCGAUGGUUGAGGACAUUUGCAAUAUCUUGAACAAUGGUGAGGUGCCUAAUUUAUUCCCUCCUGAGGAGAAAAGUAAAAUCAUCGAAGAAAUGAGUAGUUACACAACUGGAACUCCGAACGAGAAAUACGGUUAUUUUGUAAAGCAGUGCAAGAAGAAUUUGCAUCUUGUGAUUUGCAUGUCGCCUGUAGGAGAAGCAUUCAGAAGGAGAUUGCGUACUUUUCCUGCUUUGGUUAAUUGCACAACAAUCGAUUGGUUUUUGCCAUGGCCAGAAGAAGCCCUCAGAUCAACAGCUGAUGCAGUGUUUACAAGGGACAUGAACAUCACUGACACUAAAUUGAGAUUGGGAUUAGUGGACAUAGCGGUUGAUAUGCAGAUUAGAGUGUCUGAUCUAACCAAAAGAUAUUACAAUGAACUAAGAAGAUACUAUUAUGUGACCCCAACUUCAUAUUUGGAAUUGCUCAACACAUUCAAGAGACUGAAGUCAGAUAGAGAUCAAAAUAUGUCCAAGAUGAUAUCUCGAUAUGAGGCAGGUGUAGAUAAGAUUAUCAUCACAGAAAGUGAAGUAAGCAAAAUGUAGAAGGAAUUGGAAGAUUUGCAACCCAAAUUGGAGUAGGCUACUAAGGACAACAGUAUAAUGUUGAUUAAUUUGUAAAAGAAAUAGAAGGAAGCUGAUGCAAGGAAGUAGGUUUGUCAGUAGGAAGAAAAGGAUUGUAAUGUACAAAGAGAUGCAGCCAACGCUUUAAGAAAUGAUUGUUAAAAUGAUCUCGACAAAGUAUUGCCCAUCUUGGCUCAAGCUGCUGAAGCAUUGGAAAAGAUUGAUAAGAAUGAUAUGGUUUAAUUGAAAUCAUUCCCUAAGCCUCCUCCUUCUGCUGCCAUUGUCAUGGAAGGAUUGUGUUACAUCUUUUAGGAAGAUUAAAAUGUGCCCUGGAAACCAAAAGAACCUGGGUCAAUGGAAAAAGUCUAAGAUUUUUGGGAGUAUUCCAAAAAGAAUCUUUUGAAUGAUAAGUUGAUUAAAAGAAUUAAGGACUUCAGAGAUGACUCAAUCAGAUAAAUUCCACAAGUGAAAAUCAAUAAGUUAAAAGCAUUCUCAUAAAACCCGUUGUUCUAGAAGGAUAAGGUGUUUAAUGCAUCUGUUGCUGCAGGUAAUCUCAGUUUGUGGGUUCGAGCUGUUGUAGAGACCUAUGAUGCUUUGUUAGUGGUGGAUCCAAAGAGACAGCAAUUAUUGGAGGCAGAGUCAAAAUUAAAGGAAGCAGAAGAAACUCUUAGAGUGAAGUAGGAAGCAUUACAGGAAGUGCUUGACAUGUUGGCUAAAUUGGAGGCCGACUAUAAUAAGGCGAAAUAGGAGAAGGAGGACUUGGAGGCUAAGGUCAAUAAGUGCAAAAUCUAAUUGAGUAGGGCUGAGAAAUUAAUUACUGAAUUAGGAGGUGAGAAGGAGAGUUGGAAGAAGAAGGCUGCUGAUUAUAGAGUUGAUUCUAAGACAAUCGUCGGUGAUUGUAUAUUGUCAUCAGGAAUUGUGGCCUAUUUGGGAGCAUUUCCCAUUGCAUAUAGAGAUGACACUAUAAAAAUAUGGUAGACUUUAUUGGAGAAAUUAACUAUUGAAUUCGACCCUGAGUUUUCAUUGCAGAAGAUAUUGUGUGAUCCGAUAACUAUGGGACAAUGGACAAAUGUUUAGAAAUUGCCAAAUGAUUCGUUUUCUAUUGACAAUGCCAUCAUUCUUAAGAAUUCCACUAGAUGGCCUUUGAUGAUUGAUCCUCAAACCUAAGCUAAUACUUGGGUUAAGCAUAUGGAAGCCUAGCAAUUAGUAAUUGUGAGACCUACUCAAUCUUAAAAUGUGUUAUCGAAGACUUUGGAAAGUGCCAUAUAAUUUGGGUAGAGUGUGUUGUUAGAAAAUGUAGGUGAAACCAUUGAUGCUAUUUUCGAAUCUAUUCUCUAACAAAAGAUCAUCAAACAAGGUUCAGCUUACAAAUUGAAAUUCGGAGACAAGAUGAUUGACUACUCCAGAGAGUUCAAGUUUUACAUGACCACUAAAUUGGCCAGACCUCAUUAUCCACCUGAAAUUUGUGUUAAGGUUACUAUGUUGAAUUUCCAAGUCACUUAGGAGGGUUUGGAAGAUCAGAUGUUAAAUAUUGUUGUUAAGAUCGAGGAACCUGCUAAGGAUGAGCAAAGACAAAGGAAUAUUAAGGAGUUCUUUGAAAAUAAGAAUAAGUAAAAGAUGACGGAAGAUAACAUUUUGCAAUUGUUGCAAGAAUCAAAAGGAAAUCUUUUGGAUGAUGAAGUAUUGAUUGACACUCUGCAGAGGUCGAAGGCAGAAUCAAUCACCAUUUAGGAUAAAUUGAAGAAACAGGAGUAGGAUAGGGAGCAAUUUAAUUAAAUUCGUAAUUUCUACAAAGAAGUGGCCAAGAGAGUUGCUAAUUUGUAUUUUGUAGUUUUGGAUCUCUCCUUGAUUGAACCCACUUAUCAAUGGUCUUUGGAGUUCUACAUCAUCUUAUUUGAGAGAGCCAUUAGAGAAUCAAUUCAAGGGAAGGAGAACAGAAGCAAAAACAUCAUAGAUAAAUUUUAGAUAUCCUUGUAUGAGAGUAUCUGCAGAUCUCUAUUGGAGAAGGAUAAGCUGAUAUAUUCAUUUUUGAUGACAAUGAAAGUGAUGCAAAGUGAGGGUAAGAUUACUCCACAAGAAAUUCGGUUCACCAUGGUUGGUGGUACAUAUACAGAUCCAACAUACCCGUAACCAUAACCAGAAUGGAUAUCCAAAAAGAUGUGGUGUCUGGUAACGGAAGCAGCUGACACUCUGCCAUUCUUCAAAGGAUUCCCUGAAUCAUUCUCAAAACACUUAGCUGAUUGGCAAGAAAUCUAUGAUAGCAGUGAACCCUAAACUCAGCAAUUGCCAGAACCUUGGAAUUCAUAAUUAUCAGCCUUCCAAAAGUUGAUUGUCUUGCGUAUCAUAAGACCUGAUAAAUUUGCAAAUGCCACUUAGAAUCUGAUCAUAACAGAAAUGGGCAAAUAAUUUAUGGAUCCUCCCCCCUUCAAUCUAGAAUAUGCCUACAAGGAUGCAGAUGCCUACACUCCUCUUAUAUUUAUAUUGUCUCCAGGUGCUGAUCCUCGUUUGGAAAUAUCAACACUAGCUGAUCGUCUAGGAUUUAGAUAGAAUUUCAUCACUCUCUCCUUGGGAUAAGGUUAAGGAGAAAUCGCCACUAAUGCCAUCAAGGGAGCAGUCAAGGAUGGCAAAUGGGUUUUAUUGUAAAAUUGCCAUCUUGCACCAUCGUUUAUGCCUGAGUUAGAAAGAAUUCACGAAUAAGAAAUAUGUGCAAAACCAGUUCAAGAGGUUAAUACAGACUUUAGAAUUUGGUUGACUUCGAUGCCCUCAAAUGUAUUCCCAGUUACACUAUUAAUGAGAGGUAUCAAGAUGACAUACGAACCACCCAGAGGCUUAAAAAACAAUAUGUUGAGAAACUUCUCUUCAAUUGAUGCCAAGAGUUUUGAAUAAUGUAAGAAGCCAGUCGAAUGGAAAAAGCUGUUUUUCGGUCUGAAUUUCUUCCAUGCUGUGUGUCUAGAACGUCGUAAGUAUGGACCUCUGGGAUGGAACAUUCCUUACGAAUUUACAUCAGCAGAUCUAGCCAUCUCAGUGUCUCAAUUGAAAAAUUUCCUUGACACUUUCGAGGAUAUUCCUUGGGAGGCUCUUAAUUACAUGGUUGCUGAGGCUAAUUACGGAGGCAGAGUCACAGAUCCAAAAGAUAGAAGAUUAAUUGGUAUUCUGCUUAAAUAAUUUUACACAACCGAUGUGUUGUAGAUUGACAAACACAAAUUAAGUCCAAGUGGCAUUUAUUAUGUUCCUCCGAAUGGAGUAUUAGAAGAUUACAAAGAAUAUAUCAGAAAUCUUCCUUUGAAUGAUUAGACUGAAGUAUUUGGACUACAUGAUAAUGCAGAGAUAUCAUCAGCCAUUAUUGAAACUAAUUUCAUCACUUCAACUAUAUUGUCAUUGCUACCUAGAUCAACAGGAGGUGCUGGUGUGUCUGCUGAAGACUUAAUCAAAGAGAAAUGCAAAUAGAUCCUAUCUAAAUUGCCCAAGUAAUUCAACGUUGAGGAUGCUGCUCGUAAACACCCUGUUUAAUACAAUCAGAGUAUGAAUACAGUCUUGCAAUAAGAGUUGAUUAGAUUCAAUAAACUAUUAUAGGCUGUCACAUCUUCUCUCAUUGAUUUAGGUAAGGCAAUCGAUGGUUUGGUCGUAAUGAGUGCGGAUCUGGAACAAGUGUUCAAUAAGGUGUUUGAUAAUCAAGUCCCAGACGUGUGGCAUAAAGUGGCUUACCCCUCUCUUAAACCACUAGGAUCAUGGAUCAAUGACUUUAUUGAUAGAUUGCAUUUCAUGCAGUUGUGGAUCGACAAUGGAGCUCCACCAACCUUCUGGGUAUCUGGAUUCUUCUUCACUUAAUCAUUCUUGACUGGAACACUUCAGAACUUUGCUCGAAAAGUAAGGAAUUAAUUAAUAAUUUAGUACCAAAUCCCAAUUGAUACGCUCUCCUUUGAAUUCAUAGUGAUUCCUCCUUCAUCUCAAGAAUACGAUCUUACAAAACCUCCUGAUGACGGAUGUUACAUUUACGGUCUGUUCCUCGAUGGUGCUCGAUGGGAUGAAGAAAAUAGAUGUCUCAACGAAAGCUUACCAAAAAUACUCUAGUACAAGGUGCCCUACUUAUGGCUAUUACCAAGUGAAGAGAAGAAGGACUGGGAUGCUGAUAUAUCUGUAGGAAUAUUGAUCUAAAUCUUAGGUUUAUGAGUGUCCAGUCUACAAGACAUCAAGAAGAGCCGGUACUCUAUCAACAACAGGUCACUCCACCAACUUUGUCAUUUCUAUCUAUUUACCCAUUUCACCAGAUCAUCACCCAUAUCAUUGGGUCAAGAGAGGAGUGGCCAUGCUAUGUUAAACUGAUGAUUGAUUCAAAUUUUAUAGUGUUACGGAU